AGCAGAUUCAUACAUACCAAGCAGGGCACACGCUGGCCGAUCCAGAUAUCGAAGCCGCGACAACGGCCCAGGGCGCAGCAAUGACUCGUGCGCUUCUGCAGAUCGUCACAGCAGGAGGGCUUAUGGAUACGACGACCGCAGACCACACGACUCAGACCGGCGUCGUGAUAGGGACCACCACAGUGACCGUGAUACAUACCGUGCGUCACAACGUCACUAUGAGGAGAGAAACCGAGGUUCUCGCUCUCGUUCUCGCAGUCGUGAUGAAAGGAGAUAUAGCAGGCGCAACCGCGAUAAGAGAUCUCGACCAGUUUCUCGUGAUAGGUAUCGAUCUAAGACACAUUCUAGAGGUCCACCACGCAGGGCUGUCUAUUCCUCGAGGAGGAGCCGGUCUCGCUCGCGCCAAAACCGUACACGUCGUCGCCAACACUGAAUCUCAAGGUCUCGAAGUGCAGAGCACGGUCGAACGUAGAUCGUGGUCUAUUGCAUCACUUGCAAUCUAUAGUGGGACGUGUUACGUUGAUUGA